GGGGGGGGAUGGAAUCAAGCGAAAAGCGUCGAAGAUGUGGAAAGGUUUCUUUUCCAAUCUUUGGAGAGAUAGGGCUUCAUUUCUCGUCAUGUGUAUGUGCAUUGGAACCUCUUGUACUGUAUUUACAAACAGUAUAUGUCAUGUUAGAACUCGUUCCUCUCGUCUCCAAAGUUGCUGGCAAGACGGCGACAAUACUGCCAUGGUGGGGAAUCUACACGUAUAAUAUUUGAUUGACAGGACAUAUGUAGCAAUAAGCAAUAUGUAGAUAAUAACAAGUCCUCGUCAAAACCACAGCCUGCAUAC